AAUAGUACCAUAAAUGUGAAUUUUCUUUUCUGAACAUAUUCAUUCAUUAAGAAGUGACAACAUCUUCUGGAGACCGUUUGCAAUUAUAUUUAUUUUGCAAUAAGUAUUUUUGGAGAAUAGGGGUAAAAUCAUCACCGUGGCACCCUGCUCUGAAGAGGGAAACAAAGCUCGCAUUUCCAUGCUGUGUAGAGAAGUGUGUGUGUGUGUGUGUGUGUUACGGGACUGUGUCGCCGCGCGCAGCUCGUGAAGCUCUUGUUAGCUCAGUGAGUUCGCGAGAGCAGGAACCACACACACAGCGUGUGGAAUUACCAUACAACACAUUAACUGACGCGUCUUGAAGCUUUCGAUGCAAGACUGAUUAUUCAUUGGCGUAUAUCACAGCCAUGGCUUCACUGUUGAUUCGAAUAUACACAGUAAUGGCCAUUGCUACACGAAAAUUUUGACUCCUUUAAAAAUCAGUUUCGGUUGCAACGGUUGGCUUUCCCGAAUCGGAACCCUUUCGAUUUGGAAUUACGGAGUCUCGUGAAAACCUUGUAAAUGAAGAUUAAAUACAGUGGCGCGCGUUUCAUCUCUCUGCCGGUCAUCGCACAUGGGGUGACACCAAGGAGCUUCCUGGGCCACUGAGACGUAACUUUGGGCCGGGCGUCUCAUUUCCUCUGCCCCUGCUGGCCCAGACAAGCUCGUAUAAGCUGCCUUCUGAAUGACUACUGGCUAUAAGGUUGCAGGGAUUUGCCAAACCGUCACCAUGAGCAAAUACUCCCAGUACUCCAACAAGACCCUUAUACAGGUCCACUAUCGUUUUGCUAAAGAAAUGACCAAGGAUGAAUUAAUUGAGCGCAUGAAGAAAAAAGAGAGCCUCGACUCCCUGAACCUUUUAUUUGUAAUCAUCUGCUGUAUCAUCAUCUUGGAAAAUCUCCUGGUGCUCAUUGCCGUGUUCCGCAAUAAGAAGUUCCAUUCAGCCAUGUUCUUCUUUAUCGGGAACUUGGCCUUCUCCGACCUACUAGCUGGGUCCGCUUAUAUUGCCAACAUCUUCCUGUCAGGGCCUCAGACAUUUCUUUUGACGCCUGUCCAGUGGUUCAUACGAGAGGGCACUGCUUUCAUUGCACUGGCUGCCUCAGUUUUCAGCCUGCUGGCUAUCGCCAUAGAGCGCUACAUAGCCAUCACCAAGGUCAAGGUCUACGGCUCCAACAAAACUUGCCGAAUGUUUCUUCUAAUUGGCGCUUGCUGGGUUAUGUCCAUCUUUGUGGGAUGUCUUCCCAUUAUUGGUUGGAACUGUAUCAAUAACCUAGUGGACUGCUCCGCUGUUCUGCCUCUCAACUCCAGAUACUACAUCCUGUUUGUUGUCACCAUCUUUAGCAUCAUCUUACUGUCCAUUGUGAUCCUUUAUGUUCGCAUCUACCUUAUUGUGCGGACCAGCCACCAAGAGGCCACCAAUUCUCCAGCUUACGCUCUCCUGAAGACGGUCACAAUUGUACUGGGUGUAUUCAUCGUCUGUUGGCUGCCUGCCUUCACCAUCCUUCUCCUGGACACUUCAUGCCAAAUGAAAGAAUGCCCUAUACUCAAUAAUGCCGCCAUCUUCUUCAGCAUAGCCACACUGAACUCUGCACUGAACCCAUUGAUAUAUACGAUGCGAAGUAAGGACAUGAGGAAGGAGUUCCUCAGAGUUCUGUGCUGCUGGGGGCUUCUCAAUUGUGGUAGACCUCCACACCGCUGCAUGGUCCCACUCAAGAGCUCAAGUUCACUGGAGCACUGCACCAACAAACAUGAACAUCAGUCGAUUCCCAUCAUGCAGGAUUGCACUACCUGUGUGUAAAGGUGUUUGAAGAUUGGAGAGGAGCAAAGCUGAAGAGAACUGAGAACUGGAGGCAAGACACAGAAGACAAACGUGUUCGGAGAACUUGUGGAUGAUUUAAGAAAAUAGAAUCACAAUCAUUGUGAUCACCCUUGUGUCCGAUGUUGCAUCUGUCCUAGCAAAGGUUGAUGACCAUCCCAGAACAAGACUCAUUUUGCAACUGUUUUUCCACCACAUUCUUUUUACAUUUUUAAUGUACUAAGACCAUGGAAAUACAUUCUUGUGCAAACAAUUGAAUUAAUUGUUUUAAUGCAUUUUAGCUCUUGGACAAUGAUUUUGCUUGGUAACACCAAUAAAAAAUGCAAUUUCCAUCUCUUAAUAAAUCAAAGUUGAAGAUAUUGCACUUUGCAAUCUUCUAGACAGUUUGGGAUUGUAUAUGCUGACCAAUCUAUCAGAAGUCGCAUACAACAUGUAACCUACAAAUUAUAUCCCCAUGUAGGCUACCAUUUCCAUGGUUCAGAAAAAGCUGGACAGUUUGACAUGUAAGGAUCAACAAUGUAAUCCAUGUUAGCCAAACCACCAUGCAUGCUUGCAAAACCUCUUCUAAUGGAAUUAUCGAAUUGCUUUAAUAUACUGUACAUAAUGGCCUUUAAUUACAGACACAAAGUAUUCCGCUUUAUUGUAUUACAUGAAAGUCUAACCUGUGUAAAAUCUAAUAUGUAUUUCAAACUUAUGCAACAUUUUCAAUGUUACACCAUUUGGUCCAUCUCUUGGUCUCCUAAGCUCACUGUUCCUUACGGUUUAAAUUUUCUUUUCCUUGGCAUGCUUAAUGUUUCCUAAGAGGAAAACAACAAUCAGUAAUUGAAUACUGAAUUCUUCAAAUGAUCUUGAAAUAAAAUGUUUUUCGGCAGGUGUAAACACCAGGCCUGUUGGAAUGACAAUGUUGUAGCAUCCCUGCAGCUGCAUGUGCUUUAUAUUUUGUGCCCUCUUGACAAACAAAACUGAACAUAAGAAUGAAGUGUUAAGAGCAAAAUUUCGCUGAUCGACAGUAUUACCAAACAUCAUUCUUUUUGUGUUGUAUUGAGCAUUCAGCAAUAAGAAAUGGCCCUCUCACUGUUAAGUCUUAAUUAUGUUUAAGAUUCAUUAAAAAUUAAGAUAUAGCCUAGCCAUUGAUUAGACCGAAAACUCUGAGAUUUGAACACAUUGAGCAUGCCUUUCUUUCUUAAAGGCCUGUUCAUUUUGAGACAUGGAUGUACUGCAGUGUUUUUAUGGGUUACAAGUUAUUCACAGUCCUCUGAAAAUCUAAAAACGUAAGCUUCCUGCAACCACAGGAAGUCCGGUGUUUUCAUUUGCUUCUUCCUGUUGUUAAAAAUUUACCUUAAUAUAUCACAUUUGUCUUCAACCAAACACAUCGUACCCAUUCACUGGUUGAUCCUAAUAUAUUUUCGUUUCCUCUGUUGAUCAAUUCAUUUCAACAGAGAAAGCACUUUGGCAGCUCUUCCAAUACUGGCCUAAUGUAUCUUUUCCCCCACUAUUUUUUAAUUUGCAUGAAGACAUAUUCAAGUCUGUGUGAGCAUCGCUAUCACUCCGUUCAAUGUAAAACAUUGCCUACCCUGUGGACCAAUGUUUAUUUUUUGUAUUAUGAAUGUAUGAAAGUAUGUAUCUAUGUACAGUGUAUGUCUGUAAUGUGUAUAUGAAUAGAAUGUCUUGUGUGCAAUAGCCUUGUUUAGUUGCAAGCUACCUGUGCUAAAUCGGUACAAUCUCAAACACUAAUGUAGGUACAUAAACAUUAGUUAAUUCCAUAUAUAUAUAUAUAUAUAUAUAUAUAUAUAUAUA